CUGUGAGGAAGGAGAAGAGUCGGUUCAAGCUAGUAGUGCUCUCAAACAAAUUCUUAAUGCUGCAUAUCAGGUGGAGCUGACAGUUAAAACAAGUGCUUCAGUCCUUUGGGCACUUUUUGAGAAAAUGAAGCAGUUGAUUCAGAGUCUGUUAUGGAAAACACCACGUAGAGUUGAUAUUGAUUGGAAAAGGAAAGUGGCAUCAGAUAUGUUAGCCAGUCUCGGUGCAACCCGUCUUGCCCGUUCCAUCUGUGCCCAAUUCCAAGAUCGGCUAAAGUCCUCGCAUGAGCAGUUUACUGCUUCCCUCCGACAACUAGAAUCUAUACAUUCGGGACGACUUCAGCGCACUGAAGAACACAGAAUAAAGGUUAGAAAAAUGUAUGCACCCAAGAUUGCAAGAUAUGCACUAGAAUCCACAUCACUCAGAGAUUUAGUACUUUUUGGGGUUCCCAAGCUUGGUAGAGAAAUUGGUCGAGGACAGUAUGGGGUUGUCUAUGCUUGUGAUUCGUGGUGUGGCUUUACACCAUGUGCCCUGAAGUCUGUAGUGCCUCCUGAUGAAAGACACUGGAACGAUUUGGCCAUGGAGUUUUACUAUACAAGGAGCAUAGCAGAACAUGAACGUGUUGUUCAGAUUCGAGGAUCUGUGAUUGAUUACUCCUACGGUGGUGGAAACACUCCUGCUGUCCUCUUCAUCAUGGAAAGGUUACAACGAGAUCUUUACUCUGCUAUCAAAGCUGGGCUAGACUUUACCACAAGACUUCAGAUUGCACUGGAUGUGGUACAGGGUAUUAGAUUUCUUCAUAGUCAAGGUCUUGUUCAUAGAGAUAUCAAACUGAAGAAUGUGUUGCUGGACAAGAGGAAUAGAGCAAAGAUCACAGACCUUGGAUUUUGUAAACCUGAGGCCAUGAUGUCUGGAAGUAUAGUUGGAACUCCAAUCCAUAUGGCUCCAGAACUGUUGAAUGGUCGCUAUGACAAUAGUGUGGAUGUUUAUGCUUUUGGGAUUCUCUUGUGGUACCUGUGUGCAGGACAAGUGAAGCUUCCAUACAUGUUCGAACAGUGUCAAACGAAAGAUCAACUGUGGAACUGUGUUCGAAAAGGAGCACGACCAGAACGGUUACCACAUUUUGAUGAAGAAUGCUGGAAUCUUAUGAAAGAAUGUUGGGCUACUGACCCUUCAAUCCGCCCUCUACUGGGUAACGUGGAAGCACGAUUGGUGGCUAUCAUGGAACGUUGUUGCUCGGUUUCAACAGCAAGUGGAUGUCAAGAUAGUCGCAGGCGGUCACAUUCGUACAGACGUAGGCACACGAUUCGUAAUUAUCACUCCAAGAACCAAAAGCCACCCGUCGGCACUCAGCACGUUAUCUUGGCCACCUAGUGGCCGGUCCGCAUCAUUAUAUCGUUUGGCAAGAUACGACGUGGCAUAGUUUGUGGAUGUCCGCCUGAAUAAGACAAGGGUGGUUGGAACCUACCCAAGUUGUUGACAUUGCCUCAAGCUGGAUCAACCUUUGAGAGGUGGGGCUCUGUUGUUGGGGUCAAUUCUUUUUCUUAAAAUAAUCAACACAAGAUUGUGUUGGGUACAUGUGUUAAUUUUUGUUUUCAGAAACAUUUUCUACGAAGAAUAAGAUUGAAAUAUUAUAAUAGUAGCUUAUUUUAUGUAACAAAUACGCUGAUAAAAUACAAUUUCAAGCUGUAACAUUGUGUGGGAAAAUUAACGGAUCGGUUUUUAUUGAAGUAGUUUAAGUGUGUAUUUAAGAGGAAACAAAAAAAAAAUUGAUUUAUUUUUCCAGUGGCACAGAAUUCUUUAUGGAUUUUUUUUUUAUUUUCUUAGAUCAGACAGAAGAAAUUAUGUGUGCAUGUAAUAUUAUAGUUGCUGUGCACUGCUACAGUUAGUUUAUUUAACUUGGUAAAUAUUUAUAGCAGUAGAAACUGACAUCUUUAGUGAUUGGAAUGUUUUCUAUUUGUUACAUGCAGUACAGAAAUGUUGGGUUGGAUCUAAAAAAUAUUACUAUUGUUAAGUGGUGUUUUAUGUCAUGAGUUUAAGUCUUUUUAAACAAAAGUUUAAUACUAUCCUACAGAGUAAUUUUUUUUUCAAUUUCUUGUCACGUUUAUUAAAAGAAUGAUGACACUUCAAUGUUAUACUGAAACUGUCUACAUCAUGGUUUAUUUGUACAGAUUACUAUAUGAUGAUCUGUUUCAGUAACACAGAAGUCCUGUAAGUCAAAGGUUAAAGUGUGUGAUAUAUUGUUUCAAGUGACCUGAAGAAUUUUUCUACCAGUCUGUGAAAUUAGAUGUAUUGGUAUUUCAUGUUUGGUUGAGAGGUUUAGAAACUGUAAAACUGUAGAUGUAUAUAUUGAUUUGUCAGUCAUGAUACUUGAUUAUUUCUGUAUGUUUAAACUGAAAUUAUACAGAAGUUUCAAACCAUUGUUUUACACAGCAUGAUAAAUGUUUAAAUGUUGUGUUAGUAUCAAGUUUCGUAAAAGAAGGACCAGUUUAUUACUUGUAUUUUGAAAUGUAGCAUGACCAGUGAUAUGAACUUCCUGUUAUUAGAUCUGACAGCUAAUUUUAUAUAUGUUUUUACUUUUAGUUUAGGUUAACAGAUUUUCACUACAAUAUGAAUUAUAAAUAUCAUGCUAAAUGAUUUAUAAGGUUCAAAAUAUCGUCCAGUUCGUUCCUUGCAGUGGGUUGGAUUGGAGAUGUUAUUUAACACUAAAACCAGUAUAUAGUUGAGAAAGUAAAGUCACAAAACUUCAUUUCAUUAAGAUAACUUGUGGGCCCUUUUUUUAUACUAGACGAAAAAGAAAAUUUACACAUUUCUAAAGUGUGUUUUUUUUUCUUUUUCCAAAUAAAAGAAUUCUGUAAUCUAUUUCCAAUUCUUUAAGCCUUAAUUAAUUGAUUCACUCUAGAUAUACGUCUUUUAUUGUACAUCAAAUAUUAUGAAUACUGAUAUUAACUUGUACAUCCAAAUCAUUAAACAGGGAGAUGUCCAGUGCAUGCUUUUUAUCUGACUAAGAGUAUCGUGUGAGUUUUACCAUCAAAUAAUUCCUGUAAAUUAUAUCAGAUAAAAUGGAAAUAAUAAGAGUAACUGAUUAACUUUCUGUUAAUUACAUCAAUUAUCAGAGUAACUAAUAACUUUGUUAAUUACAUCAAUUAUCAGUGUAACUGACUAAUAACUUUCUGUUAAUUACAUCAAUUAUCAGAGUAACUAAUAACUUUGUUAAUUACAUCAAUUAUCAGUGUAACUGACUAAUAACUUUCUGUUAAUUACAUCAAUUAUCAGAGUAACUAAUAACUUUGUUAAUUACAUCAAUUAUCAGUGUAACUGACUAAUAACUUUGUGUUAAUUACAUCAAUUAUCAGUGUAACUAAUAACUUUCUGUUAAUUACAUCAAUUAUCAGUGUAACUUACUAAUAACUUUGUGUUAAUUACAUCAAUUAUCAGAGUAACUAACUAAUAACUUUGUUAAUUACAUCAAUUAUCAGUGUAACUAAUAACUUUCUGUUAAUUACAUCAAUUAUCAGUGUAACUGACUAAUAACUCUGUUAAUUACAUCAAUUACCAGUGUAACUUACUAAUAACUCACACGUGGUGUGUGAUGGGUAAAACUACCUAUCAAGAAAACAUAAAAUAAAAUAAAUUCUAUCAGAUAGAUUUCUGAUAUACUGGCUGUACUAGAGACUUGUAGAAACAUUUUUAUAUUAAUGUCACACAACAGGUUUUCUGAUAUACUGGCUGUACUAGAGACUUGUACAAACAUUUUUAUAUUAAUGUCACACAACAGGUUUCUGAUAUACUGGCUGUACUAGAGACUUGUAGAAACAUUUUUAUAUUAAUGUCACAACAGGUUUUCUGAUAUACUGGCUGUACUAGAGACUUGUAGAAACAUUUUUAUAUUAAUGUCACACAACAGGUUUUCUGAUAUACUGGCUGU